CUCCAGGAUCAGCUGCUGGAUGGAGCUCAGGAUUUUAUAUAGAUGGAAUCGGCGUCGUAGCCCCGCCCACCUACGCUGAUACGCCAUGGCGUCAGAAGCAGAGAACAUGGCGGCUGUGCUGAAGGCGGAAGGGGGACAGUUCCGCUGGACCUCCGUCCUCUGAGACCCAUCCUAUAUGGACCCGUCGCCAUGAGCAACAAGGAGAUGGUUUCCACGGAGACAGAGAAUAAAGGCCAGAGGAAGGUGUUCCUCCCCAACAAGCUGCUGGACUGUCUGCCCCGCUCCGCCUGCCUGCCUAACGAGCGCCUCCGCUGGAACACUAACGAGGAGAUCGCCUCCUACCUGAUUUCCUUUGACAGACAUGAGGAGUGGCUCUCCGUCAGCCUGAAGACCAGGCCGAAGAACGGCAGCAUCAUCCUCUACAACAGGAAGAAGGUGAAGUACAGGAAGGACGGCUACUGCUGGAAGAAGAGGAAGGAUGGGAAGACCACCAGGGAGGAUCACAUGAAGCUGAAGGUCCAGGGCAUGGAGUGCCUCUACGGCUGCUACGUCCAUUCCUCCAUCGUUCCCACAUUCCACAGACGGUGCUACUGGCUGCUGCAGAACCCGGACAUCGUGCUGGUCCACUACCUGAACGUGCCGUCACCAGAGGAUUCUGGGAAAAGCAGCCCGCUGCUGUGCACGGUGUCUGAGCGCCAUGAUGCCCUGAGGUGGAGCCGGGACGACCUGCUGAGCCAGCUGAAGCCCAUGUUCCACAGCAUCAAGUGCUCCAUGGGUUCUGGAGACUUCAGCAUCGAGGAGCUGGUUCAGCACAUCCUGGACCGCCAGAGGAGCAAACCGCAGCCCAGAACCCACACCUGCCUCUGCAGCACCAGUCAGGUGUCCUCAGGGGUGAACAUUCCCCACCACUGCAACUGCACCAAGCACCGCAUCAUCUCCCCCAAGCUGCCACUUUCCUGCAGGGCCGCAGAGUCACCGCUGUCCUUCGAGACGGGGGAGGCAGGCAGGGGGGGAGGAGGGGGAGACGGCAAGCUGCCUCACCUGCAGGCUCAGAGCAGCCCGGCAUCUUCUCCCAGUCCUUCGUCCACGUCCGGCUCCUCCCCCCCUCCCGCUCGGGGGGCUGCCAUCACCAUGGGUAACCGUGGUAACGGUUUCUACAACAGCCGCUGCAGUAACCUGGCCACCGUGUCUCUGCCUCAGAGUGCUGUGAUCGUCAUGGCGACCGCCGCCGCCAUCCCAGGAGGAGGAGGGGCUCCGUCCGAGGAGGCGGGGCAAAGGAACAGCUUUGGCCCGCUGCUGCUCUCCCCCGCCCUCCCCCCACCUGCUGGAAACCCUUCCUCCCCACCCCCCCCCUCCUCCUCCCCCACCCCCCCAGCCCCCGUUCAGGCCACCCUCUCCCUCACCCUGCUCCCCUCCCCAGUCAUCGGAGGACUCCUCCUGACCCCGUCCUCCUCCAACAACCCCCCCUCCUGCCAGUCUCCCCCUUCCUCCCCGUCUUCUCCCCCAGCCCCCUCCUCCCUCCCCCCAGCCUUUGAUCCUGACUCCUUCUUGAACUCCCCCAAAGAGGGGCAGACGUACGGGGGUCAUCCUCCCACCCCCUCCCCCUCAAUCCUGAGAACACCCCCUCCCCCCCUCCCUCACCCCUCCCUCACGCUCUCCCUCUCCCCCACCACCUCGGCCCCCCCCUCCUCAGUUUCCCCUCCUUCCUCCCUCUCUUCCCUCUCUACCUCCCCCUCUUCCUCCUCCUCUGCCUCCCCCCCUUCAUCCGGCCCCCCUCCCUCCGUUGCUCUGUCCCUGUCUCCCACCUCCUCUGUGGCCCCGCCCAUCCUCCCCCUCUGCCUGGAGCUCGGGGCUCUGGGGGAGGCGGAAGGAGUGAAGGAGGAGUCUGGGUGUGAAGAAGAGGAGCUGAAGCAUCAGAUUACUGAUGAUGAUGAUGAUGAUGAUGAAGGCAGUGCCCCGCCCACCAAGCUGGUUCUGCUCCAGACAGACCACGCCCCUUCCACUGCGUCUCCUAGGCAACACAAGGACAGAAGCUCCGCCUCCCUGCACCUGGAUGCUCCAGAUAAUCAGUCCACCAAUCAUGUGCAGGGACAGCAGCCAUUGGUAAUGCCUGCGCCUGAAGCUCCGCCCCCUGCUGAGAUUUCCCAUCAGGCCCUGGACCUACCGUCGGCGUUCCCCACCAAGGCUGACGCGUCGUCCUUCACUGGUUCCGACCUGAGUGCCGUAGCCAUGGACACCGCCUCCAUAGCAACAGCCCCAGUGAAAGAGGAGAGGAGGCGGAGCUACGACUCGGAAGAAACCCACAUGGAGGCGGAGCCUAGAGGGGAAGAGCUGGACAUCUCCUUAGACCUGAUCUCUGACCUCAUCACAGAGGAGGCGGGACCAGCAGAGGCCCCGCCCCCUCCAGCAGCGUCCGGCCCGGCCGUGUUCCCCACCGGGGUCCGAUACGUUGUUCCGCCGCAGCCCUCCCCCUCCUCUUCCUUCCUGCCCUUCCCUCACCCGAUGCCCUCCUCCUCCCGCCGCCUGGCCUCCAUCACAGACUUCUCCCCAGAGUGGUCCUACCCAGAGGGUGGAGUGAAGGUUCUGAUCACCGGGCCCUGGAGCGAGCCUUCGGGUCGGUACUGGUGUGUGUUUGAUCAGAACACCGUCCCUGCUACCCUGAUCCAACCCGGAGUUCUGCGGUGCUACUGUCCAGCCCACGAGGCGGGUCUGGUGUGUCUGCAGGUUCUGGAUUCUGGAGGUUCUGUGUCGUCGUCGGUUCUGUUCGAGUACAGAGCGCGGAACGCCAGCUCUCUGCCCAGCUCCCAGCUAGACUGGCUCUCAUUGGACGAUAAUCAGUUCAGGAUGUCCAUCCUGGAGCGGCUGGAGCAGAUGGAGCGCCGGAUGGCGGAGAUGGCGGCUCGAGACAGCACCCACCUUCAUCAUCAUCAUCAUCAGCAGCAGAGUGGGAACCAGCUGGCCACGCCCCCUCCUCCUCCUCUACCUGAGGACCACCAGCAGUCCCCUCAGUGGUUCGAGAGGAGGAUCGUCGCCGUAUGUGAGCGGAUGAUGAGAGGAGCGCGAUGGGGAGGAGGAGGAGGAGAGCGUCUUCAUCACCCGGUCCGCCACCGUGGGAUGACUCUGCUCCACCUGGCUGCUGCUCAGGGAUACACCCACCUGAUCCACACCCUGAUCCACUGGAGAAGCGUUAUCGGCGACAGUUUGGACCUGGAGCAGGAAGUGGACCCUCUGAAUGUCGACCAUUUCUCCUGCACGCCGCUGAUGUGGGCGUGUGCUCUGGGCCACCAGAGGGCAGCGGAGCUCCUGUACAGGUGGAACAGUCGGGCUCUGGGGAUCCCGGACUCGCUGGGCCGCCUGCCGCUGGCUGUGGCGCGCUCCAGGGGUCACACACGCCUCGCCGCUGCCCUGGAGGAGCUGCACACACAGCGCACUCAGCUGGCUCCCAGGGAAGACACUCUGCCAUCUCCUCUGUCCACCAGCCCAGAUACAGGUCUCAGCUCCUCAAGCAGUCUCCCCUCCCCCAGCGACCCUUCCUCUCCUUCUCCUAGCUCCGCCUACUCCAGUGGCCCCGCCCCCAUGGACACCUCCCCCUCAUCCCCCUCAUCCCUCUCCUCCUCUUCCUCGCUGAUGGUGUCUCCCCCCUCUCUUCCUGCCGUAUCUGUGUGGAGGGAGGAGCCUAACGCUGCCUUCAGUCCAGGUUUGACGGCCGGCGGCUCCAGAGACGCCUCCCUGUACCUCAUGGACUAUGAGAACGCCCCACCCACUGACACAGCGGGAGGACAGCAGCAGCAGCCGCUGGAGGAGGCGACGCUGGAGGAGCAGUUGCUUAGCUACAGCGAGAACGCCGAGAAUGAAGGAGAAGAGGGGUACCUGGAUGAGGAGGUGCUUCAGGUUGACAUGGCAACUCUAGCGGAUCAGAUCAUCGAGGCGACUCCAGAGCGAAUCAAACAGGAGGAUUUCCCGAGGGGGGCGGAGUCUCCGCUCAGAGAGAGGCAGGACAACCCGGCCAUCCAGGACACCUGGCUGGCUGCCUACCUGGAGACGGUGGACUCUCAGCCCCACUCCCCUCCCAGACGGGUGUGCCCCCCCUCGCCCCUCAGUGCCCUGGCCCUCCAGAGGCUCCGCCCCCCUUCCUCUGCGGCAUGGGCGGAGUUCCUGAAUGCCUCGGCCAAUGGGAAGAUUGAGAGAGACUUUGCUCUUCUGACCCUGACGGACGGCGAGCAGAGAGAGCUGUACGAGGCGGCCAGGAUCAUCCAGAACGCCUUCAGGAGAUACAAGGGCCGCAGGCUGAAGGAGCAGCAGGACAUGGCGGCAGCCGUCAUCCAGAGAUGCUACAGGAAGUACAAACAGCUAACAUGGAUAGCUCUGAAGUACGCGCUCUACAAGAAGAUGACCCAGGCGGCCAUCUUGAUCCAGUCCAAGUUCCGGUCCUACUACGAGCAGAAACGUUUUCAGCAGAGCCGGCGAGCGGCCGUCCUCAUCCAGCAGUACUACCGCAGCUACAAGGAGUACGAGAAGCUGAAGCAGGCGCCCAGAGGGGGCGCCACCCACAACCCCAAGAUCAAGGGGUCGUUCCUGACUAAGAAGCAGGACCAGGCAGCCAGGAAGAUCAUGAGGUUCCUGCGGCGCUGCAGACACAGGAUUAAGGAGCUGAAACAGACGAGGGAGCUGGAGAGGAGAGGACUGACCACAUAGAGCCUCCAGAGAGGGACGACAGGAGGACAGAGGGAUGCAGGAGGGACAGAGGACAGACAGGGGAUGAUGGACAGAUGGACUCAGAGAUGUCUCUCCUUCCUCCAACUCAUCAUCCCUCUGUGGACCGUUUGUCUGCAGCUUGAUAAGCUCCGCCCACUAAGGUGGUGCUCCUCCUCCUCCUCCUCCAGGAGGUGAACCCAUCUGCUCUCUGACUGUAGAACCAGGACCACCUGCUGGCUGGAGGCUCUCAGAGAGCAGAUGGUCCAUCAGAUCAACUCCUGGCUCCACGUCUGGAUUCCUUUAGUGACGUUUCUAAUGACAGGCUGCAGAUGUGAGGAGCUCCAAUCAGAGUUCCAGGAAACAUCUGCAUGGCUCCACCAGGCCUCCCAGUCUGUCUGGGUCAGUGAGAGACUGGGAGGCUGAGCAGACCAGCUCAGAUCCACACAGAACCAAUGGUCUGAAUGUUUCAGUGGAGCUCAGUGAUCUUCUCUAUGGAUCAAGAAGUGGAGAAACACAGAGAAGCAGAGAUGUUCAGAGGAUGGACACCUUGGAUCUAUUACAGCAUGAACUGUUGUUGUCAGCGUGGGAGGGGUUGUUUGUUUGUGUGUUUGCAGCACUGACUGAAGUCUUAACCUCCUCCUCAGUUGGACCUGAAAUCUAAAUGUUCCUUUCCUCACCUUUGCAGGAGUUUGUGUCUGAAACCCUGAGAUAUUUGGUUCUGACAAUAAAUCAGCCGUUUACUCUUCA